AUGGGUCCCCUCUCGAAUCGCAUUCAAACUCUCUGCUUAGCCAACGCCACCGCCGCCAUUUCCCGCCUCUCUCUCCGUGUCGUUUGGCUAAAAGACGAGGGGAUGAUCUACGUGCCGCCCAGUGAAAUUCUAUUGGGCGGCGGCGGAGGAGCGGGCGGGGGAAGAUCAGGGGGGGAGAGCGCGCGGUCAAGGGGGAAAUUCACUUGGGGAAGAAGAGAGCCAAAGAGGGGGGAUAGGGAGGAAGUGACUAUGGCCGGGGAGAGAGGGGGAGGCGGGGCGAAAGGGGGCGGACGGGGAGGCGGGCCGAUGGUGAUUGAUACGGGGGGAGCGCUGUCGCCCGUUACAGCCACGAGAGCGUUCCUCGCGCACCCGUUUGUGCCCAAAACGAUGCGGUUUGGGCAGUGCGGGCGCAGCAGCGCAGCGCUGGACCCCUCUGAAGCGGAACGGCUCUCUCUGGACGUGUGGGUGUCUGUGAGGGCGCUCAACCGCACCAACUUCGUGAGUGCAGGGGGCAGUAUGUGGGGAGGGAGCAGUGUUUGGGCCAACUGUGCGGAGUGGCUCUCUCUGCACGUGUGGGUGUCUGUGAGGGCGCUCAACCGCACCAACUUCGAGAAGGUGGUGGGGUGUUUGGUGCUGGAGGAGUUUCACCACUGCUACGUUCGCCUGCAGCCCUCGGUGGCAGAGAAGGUGGUGGGGUGUUUGGUGCUGGAGGAGUUUCACCGCUGCUAUGCUCGCCUGCAGCCAUCGGAGGCAGUGAGAGGCAUUGUGGAGUCCACCAAUCUCAACAUGACACUUGUCACCCAGAGCACAGCCAUCUAUGUUGAUCCCCCCUCCGACCAAUCCUCCUGCUCCGGCUGCCCGCCGGGCAGGCAAAUUUCCGACUGCGUUGCCCGGAGCAUCGCGAUGGAAAUUCUACGCCGCCCGUCGAUCGAACUCACCAUCGCUUCCCAAGACCCCUCCCAUCCCACCGCAAUCGCCGAUUUCUUCGACCCGAAUCGCGCCCCUUUCAUGCCCCCAUCGGCCGAGUUUAGAGCAGCCAGAUGCACCGAACCUGCGAUAAAAAAGCUCAUGGCCACACCGGGCCUGAUGGAUGCCGAACCUGGUUCCCCUGCCGGACCUGGCAGGCCGAAGCUGCCGGGCACACCUGGUUCGGAGGGUCAAAUGGGUGGUGCAAAGGGUACGGGAGGAGGAGGGUUUAGAGGGAGUGGAGGGGGGGGAGGGGGCGGGGGAAGUGGGGGAGUGAAGGGGAGGCAGGGGCAUGCGAAUGUGAGUGUGGAUGAGCUGGUUAAGGUGAUUGGGAUGGUGGCAGAAAGGGGGAAGGAGGCGAUUGGUUUGGUGGAGGACACAGGGAGAGUGGAUGCUGGGGCAGUGGAGCGAGCUAGGAGAGUGCUGAUCGCGUGUCAACAGCAUGAGGUGAGAGCCUUGCUUGUGUUGAGGGGGCACAGGAAGGGGAAAGGAGGCGAUUGGUGUGGUGGAGGAGGCGAGGAGAGUGAGUGCUGGGGCAGUGGAGAGAGCAAGGAGGGCGCUGAUCGCGUGUCAACAGAUGAGUUUGCCGAACUACUCCUUCUCGCCAACACACAAGCCAUGCUGCACAUGCGACCAUCGCCAGCAGCAGACUUCAUUCGCGCCCGAGCCCUCGCCCGCAACCCCUCCUUCCGCAUGCUGCCUCCCGUCUGCUACUCGCCCCCCAUCCCUCCCAUCCCCCGUCAACUCUUUGCCAAGUUCUUCGUCGUUGAGCGUGAGUGCUAUGCUGUCUCAUGCCCUACCGUGCAAUGCCAUGCCAAGCCGUGCUGUGCUCUCGCCCACAACCCCUCCUUCCGCAUGCUGCCUCCCGUCUGCCACACAUCCCCCAUCCCUCCCAUCCCCCGUCAACUCUUUGCCAAGUUCUUUGUGGUCGAACCAUCUCUCAAUCUGGCCUACUGCGGUCUCCCCAAGGUCGCUUGCACGAGUUGGCGCAUGUGGCUGCGGGCCAUGCUGCAUCUCCCCAAGCCAGAGGACCAUCUCCUCGCACACAGCUACGAGGCCAGCGGGCUGGGGGACCUUUCCCAGAAGUUUACUGAGAAAGAGGCCACACGGGCGAUGACGAGAAGAGGCCUGUUCAAGUUCACGUUCGUGCGAAAUCCGUUUUCGAGGGUGGUUUCGACCUAUUUGAACAAGCUGGUGGUGACAGACGCACCUGACAGGACCAAGGGGUGGGGGACAAGAGAGUUUUGGAACAAGGAACUCUUUGGAAGCGUGCAGCCCUUCUUUGACCUGCUUAAAGAUCCAGCCACGCAGCUCGUAUCGUUCCACGACUUUAUGCGCUUAGUGGAGCACCUUAUAAGGGGGCAGAAACCCCUAGAUCGACACAUAACCCCGCAAGUGGAUCUCUGCGCCUUGGACCACAUACAGUACGAUUAUGUGGGGCACUUCGAAAACUUGGAGGACGGGGUUCGUGUGGUAACCGCGCGUUACAACCACUCAAAUAUACACCUGUUUAAGUUUGGAAAAGAAGCGCAUGCGACUGGGACGGAUCUGAAGCUAGCUCGGCUAUAUGAUGCGGAGACAGUCCGACGUGUCUCCAAGCUGCAGCCUGUCUAA